UGAGGAUUCUAUAUCGCCCGUAACCGUGUCCACCAAGGGUCGAUUGAUCUCACCAUAAUCCCAACACUGCGGCCUCAGGCCUCAAGCUUCAAGGCAUGUUUCUUCUGUGGAUACAGGUGAGGUUGCUCGAUUGCAUAGGCUGGGAAUGAAGUUUGCAGAAUACAGAUAUCACAGCCGUUAGCUAUGGCCCGCAAAUCAGACCCAAGGAUGACUGCAAGAGCACAGAACUCCCCUUUCCUAUUCUUUUGGUCGUUGGAUCGCGAUUACCUCUGACGUGCACACACUCCUAACGAGCAUUAUACGGCAUCCGCUCACCAGCCAUGACCAAUGCAGACCCAGUUUGUCGACAACUCACACCAUCAACUGCAUGGACGCAGGGAUACGGAGACGUCAUUUGUCGGGCUCCUUCGUCGGGACGCCUGGACCAUGGCGAGGAGCGCAGUUGUCUGAACUUCUCCCAUCGGAUGCCGUCAAAGUGGUCUCACGUUAUGGAAGUCGCAUUUUGUCUUGCCCUGCAAUUCGUCUCUUCAAAGCGCCACUUUUCACCUUGCAGGAUAAACAGCUUUCUUCGGAGCUGUUAGAGGUUUGCAGAAAGGGUAGUCGAUCCAGUCACCUUCGCGCAGGGGACCAUCGCGAGCGGAAUGACUGUAUCUGCAUCGCAAUCGCAUUCGCAUUCGCUGGCCGCUAUGGUGUAGCGAACCGUAGGACAGCGUCGUGGAUGAGGCUUUCAGCCGUCACAGAGGAGGCGUUGGAAUCGUCCGAUCCGAAGCGAUGGCGAUUCACACUGCUCGGUGCACCUUGCCACGUCGGUGUUCUGCGAGAUCCCUCCGACGGUAUUACCGGUGCCGAAAACGUCGAUGCUUCACUUCGUGUAGCACUACCUUCGGCAUAUUCCCCAGCUCUACGGAGCGCGCUCUUGGUCUCGUCCAGGCCAGCGUCACAUAUCACGCAAUGCACCAUAGUGCGGUUAGUGCGGUACCGCGAAGACGGCCACAUAACGGGAGUCGUGAUUGUUCGUCUGUAACUGGUCUCGGAAGACGCCUGAGCUGCAGACAAUACAUCCUUUAAUAUGCUGUAGACGCCAACCGUCGCUCUGGAGUUUCUCAUCUGUGAACGAGAACGGCGGAGAGUUGGCCAUGUCAAUCUUGGGGCAUGUACACGACGCGAAGCGUUUGGCUCAGCACCCGCAACACU